AGCCUGGGUCCCCGGCAAGAAUUGGCUCCCGGGCUCAAGGUUUCCAGUCUCAAGGCGCCAGAGGAGGUGUUUUAGCGGGGACUGGGAUACAGGCUGGAGUCGCGCUCUGGGGUUCAGAGCGCUGGCGCUACCCGGGCGCUAUCUGGUCUCCGCCAGUACAGGGCACUUGGCGCGGGUAUCUGCGCGCCACGCUCUCCCCUACCGAUGUCGCCGCCCAGCUGCUGAUCGCCGCACCCCCUUCCUGCAUCGGUGUGGGGCUGAGGAGGUCCGGAUGGAGGCGGGAAGCCUCCUUCGCAAAACCGGAAUGGAGGUAAAUUGCUUAACACUAAAAGAUCUGAUCAACCCCAGGCAGUCAAGACCAGCUUUUGCAAUUGAAGAGGGAGAACAUGCACAAAAGGAAAAUAUAUUUGUUGAUCGAUUGAGGAUGGCCCCAAAGACGCCAAUAAAAAAUGAACCAAUUGAUUUAUCGAAGCAAAAAAUCUUCACUCCAGAGAGAAAUCCCAUUACUCCAGUGAAACAUGCAGACAGACAGCAGGCAGAGCCGUGGACACCCACAGCUAACCUGAAGAUGCUCAUCAGCGCUGCCAGCCCAGACAUCAGGGACCGGGAGAAGAAAAAGGGACUCUUCAGACCCAUCGAAAAUAAGGACGAUGCGUUUACAGACUCUCUACAGCUUGAUGUUGUUGGGGACAGCACUGUGGACGAAUUUGAAAAGCAGAGGCCAAGCAGAAAACAGAAAAGUUUAGGCCUCCUGUGCCAGAAGUUUCUAGCUCGCUAUCCCAGUUAUCCCUUGUCGACUGAGAAAACUACCAUCUCCCUGGAUGAAGUUGCUGUCAGUCUGGGUGUGGAAAGGAGGCGUAUCUAUGACAUUGUGAAUGUGCUGGAAUCACUGCAUCUGGUCAGCCGGGUGGCCAAGAAUCAGUAUGGCUGGCAUGGACGGCACAGCCUGCCAAAAACCUUGAGGAAUCUCCAGAGACUAGGAGAGGAGCAGAAAUAUGAAGAGCAGAUGGCAUACCUCCAGCAGAAAGAGCUAGAUCUGAUGGAUUACAAAUUUGGAGAACGGAAAAAAGAUGGCUACCCAGAGGCCCAAGACCCACAGUUACUGGAUUUCUCUGAACCCGACUAUACCUCUUCAUCAGCACACAGUAGAAAAGACAAGUCUCUGAGAAUUAUGAGCCAGAAGUUUGUCAUGCUGUUCCUCGUAUCUAAAACCAAGAUCGUUACUCUGGAUGUGGCAGCCAAAAUACUGAUCGAAGAAGGCCAAGAUACCCCAGACCACAGUAAAUUUAAAACCAAGGUACGACGCCUCUAUGAUAUAGCUAAUGUUCUGACCAGCUUGGCUCUGAUAAAGAAAGUGCAUGUGACAGAGGAACGUGGCCGGAAACCAGCCUUCAAGUGGAUCGGGCCUGUGGACUUCAGCUCCAGCGAUGAAGAACGAGUGGAUGUUUCUGCAUCUGUCUUACCAGAAUUGAAAAGAGAAACAUAUGGUCAGAUUCAAGUCUGUACAAAACAGAAGCUGGCUCGUCAUGGCUCUUUUAACACAGUUCAGGCUUCUGGGAGGAAUCAGAGGAAAGUAAACUCAGAACCCAGCAGCCCAUGCAGAGAAGAACAAGGAUCAAGGUGCUACUCUUUAAAAAUUGGAAGCCUAGCCGCUGUCUACAGACAGAAAAUAGAAGACAAUUCCUGGGGGGAAGCCUCGGACAGUAAGAAAGUGGGGCCUCCAUCAAGCAGCUUGGACCCUGUUGUUCCUUUCCCUAUCGACCCUGAAUACAGUGUUAAUCCUUUAGCCCACCCAGUAUUUUCGGUUGCUCAGCUGGACCUGCAGACAUUCUCGGGGCAGAACAGCCUGAAUGGACAAGUAGAUGUCUCAGUCACGUCUGUAGCCUCUGCUGUGGAGAGCUUGAAGCCAGCGCUGCUUGCCAGCCAGCCCUUCCUGUGUGUGCCCGCCACCUCGCUGUUCAUGCUGUACAGGGCCCUGCAGGAGGGGCCGUGCCCAGGGUCAGGGCCAGAAAAGGAUGACAGAAUUUCCGAAGCCCCAGGUGCAGGAGAGCUGUUGUCUGCACCCCCCGCUCAGAAGCGCCUCUGUGAGAAGAAGUCAGAGGAGGAGCCAGCAACAAAAAGACAAAGUAGGGAACAGGAAGACAGCCCCCUGUCACUCAUCAUGCUCAAGACACCCUCAGAUUCCACAGACUUUGCCUCUCCCAGGACUCUGAGUGGCUGGGCAUUCACACCCCUCGAAGACAUUCAUGGGAACGGCCAGCUCCUUGCUUCAGAGGAGGCUUCAGGAAAGACUACUGCAAACUGCUUUGCUUCCUCUGAGUGGGGAGAUCCUUCAGGAAAUGCACAUGUAGAAAAGCCUUCCAAAGAAAAUGAAGGCACCAAAGAGUCCUCUUUGUUGCAAUAUUUGCCUGUGCAGCCUCCAGCCGGAUUAAAUGGCUUUAACGUGGUUUUCCCUGGCUGUCAGACCCCACACGCUGGGGGCCCGCCCACGGGUCAGCUGCCGCCCUUCGGUGUUCCCUGCAUGGUCUUGCCGUCUCCAACUCCGGGCCCUUUUCCUGUGCUCUGUUCUCCCGCAGUGCCUGGAGCUCCUGGUGCUCUUGCAAACGCAGGACCUAUGAAUUUCAGCUUGCCUGGCCUUGGAUCAACAGCUCAUCUCGUCCUCAGCCCUGUAGGCAUGGUUAAUCCAAAGUCAUCCACACUCCCUUCUGCAGACCCUCAGCUUCAGGGUCAGCCCUCACUUAACCUGAGUCCGGUUAUGUCAAGGUCACACAAUGUCAUCCAACCUGAGUCCCCCAUUUAUGUGGGACAUCCAGUCUCAGUCAUCCAAUUACAAAAGUCUCCAGUUCCAGUGACCCCCAAGAGCAUCCGACACACACAGCGUGAGACAUUUUUCAAAACACCUGGCAGCCUGGGAGACCCUGUCCUUAGAAGAGAAAAGAAUCCGUCACGAAACGCCAGUUCGGCUCAGAGGAGACUGGAGAUCUCCGGCAGCGGGGCUGACUGACCUCCGCCCCGGGUGGUGGACUCAAACCUUCUGACUCUUUCCCUGUGUUCCAGGCGACGUCCUAAGCAGGACGCGAACUGUCCAGUAGUGAGGACACGUCCUUUCUCUCGCUUUCAUCAACUGGUUCUGUUAACUUCCCACCAUCAUGAAUCAUUCUAUUUUCCUGAAGGUAAUUGUUAUUAAUUAUGCAUUUAAUACAGUUAGAAUUCGGACCGUCCGCGUGGUGUCACAGUGAAAGCACCGGCUGACUUUUGUGGUUUUGAUUCAAGAAUCAUCUUCUGGCUAGAAGUAGAUCUGCACAGGCUGCCGGAGCCUUGUGGUUUUUCUACGGGGGUGUUGGCUAGCACUUAGCGAGGGUAAGCGUUCUUCACCUGCAAUUCCACUUGCCCUGAGUCAAUCUGUGGUGAGAUAAACUUCCUUCCUGCAGUUUAAAAAAGCUACUGCUUCCUUCGGCUUCGUCCUGAAGCCACCUUCAGUUGUGAAUCCUAUGGUAUUAUUUAUUUUGUUCCUGAAAUGGGAUUUAGUGCAAAAAGUUUACAACUACAGCCUAACUCAUUUUUUUCAGGGUGUGACGACUUGAAUGUUUGUACUUUUUCCCUAUAAUUUGCCCUGCACUUAAAUUCUGCAACCUAGUUAUAAUGUGGAUAAAUGUAUAUACAUGACAGAUAUCAAGACCAAAAUAACUGUGAAUACCACACCUUGCUGUAAAUGAACUGUGCCAACCCUGUCUGUGGGCAUGAAAAUAAGAUGAACUCUAGCAGCCUGACCGCUGAUUCUCAAAUAACUGUGUGGACACGGAGGUUUUACUGUUUAUUUCUAAAAAUCCUACUGUGUUCAAUUCCCUUCACUACAUGCCCUGUGUUUUUUAUUUAAAUAUUAACUGUAGAGUAUCAGGUAUGGCUGCCUUCUAACAAUUGCUAUUUGUAAAAUGAAUCAGGAUGGUAGGUUACAUGGAGAAUCAGAACCUGGAUGAGACCUUUUCGUUGAUUUCUGAAGAGUAGAAAUGGAUAGAGGGCUAUUGGUGAUUCUUUUCUCUUUUUCUUUUACUUCUUUAUGUUAUGAAGGGUAAAAGGGAAAAUGGACACAUUAUGUUCCAUAUCCAAGAAUAUUUCAAACCAUAGUUAGAUGGUACUUCUGAAAAAUGGUAACAGUGAGUGCAGGAGUUCCUUGUUCUAACAUGAAUACAGUUCUAGAAGCUGUGUUGUUAAACCACACGGGGGUGGAGAACCUAAGGCCUCAAGGCCACGUGUGGCCUCCAGAUCCCCACAGGUGACCCCGCGACUGAAUCCAAACAUCACAGAAUGAAUCCCUUUGUUAAAAAAGUUUGUUCUGCAAAAUUUGGCCGCAUUCAAGGAUCCAGAAGGCCACAUAUUGGCCUCAAGGACACAGGUUCCCCAUCCCUGCAGAGUUCAUUAAGUAGCCAGACUAGUUUUUUGUAUUCCAACCUAUAUUACUUCAGAGUAAAUAACUCCCUUCCUGCCCGCCUGCCUUCAUUCCUUUAUCUUUUCUUCCUCUCUUUCAAAACUUCUAUCUAGAUUUAGAAUCUCGAUGUAGGAUUUUAUUUUAUUUUUAUUUUUUGGACCCAAUAAAUUGCUUUAUGAAAGAAUAAAAAUAUUAAUUUAAGAGACUCUGGGAGUCUGAGUAAAGUAGCUUUAUAUUAACUACAGGAUAAUAUUAGCCUUAUUGUCCCUAUAAGAUUUUUUAAAACUUGAGGUAGGUAGCCAGAUUAAGUAAACUUGCUACUUACAAAAAUUUUUUAUCAACACUAAACUUUUAAAGUUUACAAGAUUGUAUUUUUUCCCUUUUUAACUAUCUUCUCUAGAGUUAGAUGAAAAAUGGAGUUCCAGCUGUCAACAAUUGCAUGGUAAUGAUUACUCUGAAAUAAUACUGAUAGGCUUCCUAUCAAAACAACUAAAAAUAUGCCUUUUUCAGGUAAAUUACAGGAUAUGCAACAUGUAAAUCUGUGCAGGGUAUGUCCGUUUUAAAUCUGCCAUGCUAAGAACUUACACAGAAUAUUUUCACUGAGAGGUCUGCGUUUAGAUGGAAACACAAGCUGGGUUUCUCUUCACUUUUCCUGGAUGUCAUCCACUUAUUUUAACUUCUUCCAUUAUUAUUAUUCUGCUCACAGUUUGACCUUAUUAACCUCAAAGAAUUCCUGGUUCUUGAGGGGUAUUAAGCAAUCCCAUAAAUGAGAAUAUUAUGAUUUAGUUACUACACCUAGCAAUAGAAAACCAAGGACAAGUUACUUUUGUAUUCAAUACCCACUUGUUCAUAAGGCUUUAAGAUAUAUAAAAAUAAAACAAUGCAGCGGUUGUUUCUGUCUUACAGAACAGCGGAUGGUAGUGAAGCUGCUGGCUAGAUUUGGUAGUUCGGGGUAAUGAAGAAGCAAUGGCAAUCUUGAGUCUAUUGUAUAAUUUAAUAGGAGGGAAAAAAAUAAUCGUUGGUGAUCCUGCUAAGAAAAUGCAGCUUGGCGUCGGCACUGAGGGUGUGUGCGCCCUACACGGUCGGGGUUUGUGAAACCCUUCCAUUCUGGUACAAGAGUUGGGGGUACAACUUUUAUACUUGAAUCUACCUACCAAGUUUACAUUUCUCAAUUCCUUUUUGUUCGGUGCUAUUUCUGUGUUUAAAUAACUUUUUUUAAACGUAAAGCUGCUUUCCACUUAUCUUAUUAUUGCACUGCUAGAUUUAUGUAGGUAUUAAUUUUAUUACUGCUUGCUGCUUUGUUUCCAUUCAUUUAGCUGUGCUCUUUUUCCUAAUGGCUAUGUUAUCUAUAGCUAUCUGCUUGUAACUUUCUACAUGUGAGUUGAUUUCUUUUUCUUUUAGAAAAAUAUUAAGCUUUAUAAAACAGCAAUAAAAAUUCAUUUAA